UGGUGAAAAAAAAAAGUGAGAGAAAGGGGGGGAGAGAGAAGUGAGAGACCGAAAGCGGCUGUGAGGGAUACGAGCGAGGAGCUGGAGACGAGGGAGGCCCGACCAGCACACAGCAGCGCCAUGGCCAACAUCGCGGUCCAAAGGAUUAAGCGCGAGUUCAAGGAGGUCCUGAAGAGCGAGGAGGUUCGCCAUGUCCCCCCUCCCGAACCGGCUACCGAACCGGGCCGGCGUGCGCUCCGCCCGGCCGGGACGAGCAAAAACCAGAUAAAAGUCGACCUCGUAGAUGAGAAUUUCACAGAGCUGAAGGGGGAGAUAGCGGGACCCCCUGACACGCCCUAUGAAGGUGGCAGAUAUCAACUAGAAAUAAAAAUUCCAGAAACGUAUCCAUUUAACCCUCCAAAGGUACGCUUCAUCACUAAAAUAUGGCAUCCGAACAUCAGCUCGGUCACUGGCGCCAUAUGCUUGGACAUCCUGAAAGAUCAGUGGGCAGCCGCCAUGACGCUGAGGACCGUGCUGUUAUCACUGCAGGCAUUGUUGGCAGCUGCAGAGCCAGAUGACCCUCAGGACGCAGUGGUGGCAAAUCAGUACAAGCAGAAUCCAGAAAUGUUCAAACAGACGGCCCGACUCUGGUCUCACGUUUACGCCGGGGCACCAGUCUCCAGUCCCGAGUACACCCGCAAAAUAGACAAGCUGUGUGCAAUGGGCUUCGACAAAAAUGCAGUAAUAGUGGCCUUGUCGUCAAAAUCCUGGGAUGUGGAGACGGCAACGGAGGUCCUGCUCAGCAACUGAGUCUGUCCUCACCACACACACCAGCCCGAAGUCCAGUCUCUUACGUUUUGACCCCCUAUACCCAGCCCACCUCCAUCCACCAACCCCGCCCCAGGCAUACCUGAUCCAACUGGUUGCUCUUUUCUUGAUUCUUACUUACAAGAAAAUGUUUAGAUUUUUAAAAACAAGAAUGAAAAACCAUCACUGUUAACUGAUUACACCAUCUAGCUUCAAGCUGAGACUGGGAAAAAAAAAGAACACAAAGAAUUCAUUUGUAAAUAAAGGUAUUGAAGUCUGUGUAAAUUAAAAGAAAUGGGGAAAUACUUUAAUUUUUCUUAAUAUUGUAAAACUAUAAAAUUCAGCUGUGCUUACUAUGAAGAAAAAUGCCCUAUACUUUUAUUUUUUGGCAACUAUUUAAAAGCAACGUGACCAUUUUAUAGUGGAAGUAUUUCUGAAUUUCCAGCUUUGCUUUGUGGAGCUGUGCGGCGCCCCCGUGUGGCCUGUGGCUACAUGGCAGGAGCUCGCCUGGGCUGCGAGCCCACCCGGUCCAGGAGGGUCGCACUUGCUCCCUAUUGCCGGCUCUUUAAAACCUGGAAUGCGUUCUACCAGCUGUCGUCCGAUGAAGGCGGGGCUGCCCUCCCCUGGGUCCAUGGAGUACCUGCGUACUUUCUGCGAGGUGAACCGAGCUUAUGGCGCUCGGGGUUUCCCGAGUGCCGUUUCCGUGUCGUGGCGAGCCAAGCCGUCCGCUGUCCGUUCACGUCACGUCCUCCCCGGGGGACGCCAAUUCGCAUCCUCAGUGUAUAAUUCUAUGCUGCAGCAGGCCUGGUCAUGACAGGAAAGGCCACGAACAGGAACUGGGUUGGUUAGUUAUGUUUGGAGAAUGUGCUGUCUGGUGUGUCCCGACUCCGCCCCCUGUUCGCCGUCCAUGUGGGUGUUACGUGCAAGAGGCCAAGCUGUCUACUUACUUAGGGGCCCUAACCCCCUCCCCCCCAGCAGGGCUGGGUCCCUUGUGUUUUUCUUUUUUAUUCUUGCGUUUCUUAGUGCAGUAAUAGGAGCCACAGGACUGAAGACAUAAUGUGAUGGAUCUCUCCUGUAUGGGAGGGUGGGGCUGUGAUUCUCACCUGAGAUACUCAUCUGGGUUCUUGUUUUAAUGCAAACUUGGAACCUCAAAUGUGUGCUGGAAGAGCAGAGCUGUUAAAGUGAUGCCUUUUCAGUGCCAGGUAACUCGGACGCAGGAGGCACCGUCGUGAGCGAGCAGUUAGCAGUUUAGGCCUGGAGCUUUAACCUUGUGUCCACGACCAGAUUCCGUGAGCUUAGCUGGUCUCCGUUUCUCUGUUAAGGUUUUGUUUUCACUUACACAUGAAGGGACGCAAAUACCAGCAGGAACUACUUCCCCCCCCCCUCUUCUUUUUAUGGAAGUACAGCACUCUUCGAGUUACCAUGCUGGUGUGUUUGUAGUGGAUCAAAGGCUUUGCUGUCAUUGGUGGAAUCAGCGGUUCACAGGCCAUCAGCCAAUCCCAGCUUGCGGUACUGAAAUCAGCUGGUAUGUUUGUUGUCCUGCUGACCCAGCACUACACACACACACACACACACCUACACACACCUGCUGAAUGUCUUCGGUUCUUGAAUUAGGAGGUUGCUGUACAGCUUUCCUGAGCCGGUGCUACGGAGCACGUCUUAUGCUGGAGAGUGCAGGGCUGACAGACUGCAGCUCGCUUCUACUGCACACCUUUGCAGACAGUCCCGCUCAGCCACACUGUACUUAACGCCCCCUUCUGUCUGCACACGGUAGUGCAAAGUGGGUGGUUUUCUUUUUUUGCUGUAAAGCUAAGGAAUGUGUACUUAUCUCAUGUACAGCCUUUUGUUCUAUUAAUAUAUCCUUAGUAUGCCCCCCACUGAUGGCUGGAAUUAUUUUUUGUAAAAAAGGGAAAAAGGAAACAAAAACCCCCCAGGUCUUCCUUAUUGUUGUAUUUAGUAUCUUGCACGAAAAUGGGUUGCAGUUUAUUUUUUUUUCUUUUCAGUUUGAAUCUCCUCAUCUCUUCUCAAAGUGAAAUAAACAGUACAGCAUGGUCA